GCGGCUUGCAAACCCGCCCUUACGAAAGCAGUGUGCAAUAAAACAAGCACCCCCUAGUUCCUCUCGGCGAUGUAGGGUUUACGGAAGAAGAGUCUCAGGCGUGGCUGUGGAACUUCCGUCUUUGACAGCACGAAAAUGACAGCGACUCUGCGUCCCUACCUAAACGCUGUGAAGGCCACUCUGCAGGCCGCUCUCUGCCUUGAGAACUUCUCCUCACAGGUAGUGGAACGCCACAACAAACCAGAAGUCGAGGUCAGGAGCAGCAAAGAGCUGUUAUUGCAGCCUGUGGUCAUCAGCCGCAAUGACAAGGAGAAGGUUCUCAUUGAGGGAUCCAUCAACUCUGUCAGAGUCAGCAUUGCUGUAAAACAGGCUGACGAGAUUGAGAAGAUCCUUUGCCACAAGUUUAUGCGCUUCAUGAUGAUGAGAGCUGAGAACUUCUUCAUUCUGCGGAGGAAACCAGUAGAGGGCUAUGACAUUAGCUUCCUGAUCACCAACUUCCACACGGAGCAGAUGUACAAACAUAAGCUGGUGGAUUUUGUCAUUCACUUCAUGGAAGAAAUUGACAAGGAGAUCAGUGAGAUGAAACUUUCUGUUAACGCCAGGGCCCGUAUUGUUGCGGAGGAAUUCCUAAAGAACUUCUGAUGAGGAUUUGUCUGUGUUCCAACACACACUGGGAGGAACACUCCACGUGCCAGUCAGGAUGAGACAGUGAAGACUAAUGGAGUAAACACCCAAUCAGAAAGGAGAGAAAAGCAACUAUUCUGGUGCUGAUAGUAGCAGCUGCACAUGUCUCCAGUACUUCCCUGUACUCAUGAAUAUCAGUUACUGUAUAUAAUGAAAUAUUUACCAGUUUCAUUUGUCAGCCACCCAGAACAAAUCCCAAAGCAAAGGCGGGUCCUUAAAGUAUUAUUUAGCUAAUAUCCAUGAGUACAGGGUCAAGGAGGACGUGCUGUCGCGAGAAUAACGGCCAGGUUUUUGUAUAUCUGUCGAUUUAAGUCUAUUUUUGUUUUGUCGCUCCAUGUCAAACUCCCAGAUUCUCUGUCUAGGAAAAGACGGUAGUCUUUAAUGUCUGUCUGUCAAGACAUGGUUUUUGAGACAACAAAAACCAUGUCUGAAAAAAAUCAUUGACAAUUAAAAACAUUUUAUACA